AUUUCGGACGAAUGCUGCCUCGCAAUUACGUUUCGUUUCCGACGUCGCAUUCCGAGAGACAAUGAGGAAACUCGCACAACCGGUUUAUUAAUCUUGCAGGAAAAUUGAUACGUUGUUUGUACGUUUUUGUACGGUCGACUUUUCUCUCCUAUUCGACGGAAAGUUUACUUCGAGGCAACCACGAGGCUUUUGCGCUCAGUCUAUUAUACACACGCAUUGAAAGCACGCACGAGUUAUGCACGCAACGGAAUUCGAUCAAGCAUUCAAAAUAAUAUCGUGGAACAGGCGGUUAUUAUCCACGAUGGGUAUAUGGCCUUUGAAAGUGAGUCGGCCACGACUCAUCUUCUUCUGCGGCUACAUGAUAAUUCACUGCACUAUGGGAGUGGGUCAUCUAAUCAAGUAUUUCAGCCAGCCGGAAUACAUCGUCGCCAAUUUAGCGGACAACGUUCUGUUCGUGAUGAUAAUAGGCAAGAUGCUCAUAUGCGACCGAAGCCGUGGGAUAAUGGUUGAAUUUUUGAACGACAUUCAGCCUGAUUUCUCGGUGAAGAGUUACAGCAGCGCACGGGAGAAGACGUUGUACCUGCGCUACAACGAGUUCGCGCUCUUAUUCAUCAGGGUGUCGAUAGGUAUGGCCUCAUUCACGGCCACGUUGUACUACAUUCGAGGGUUUCUCGAAAGCUGGAGCAAAAUACCUUCUAGUAAUGCUUCGUACGAAUUACCGUAUCGGACCUAUCCUUUCUUCGACAUCCAGGAUAUGACCACCUACUUCUGUAUAUGCGCCUAUCAGAUCAUUGCCGUGCCGGUGGUAGUGUGCGGCUAUUCAGCACCGGAUUCCUUUGUGCUCAGCAUGGCCCUACAUGUUUGUGGCCAACUCGCCGUUUUGUCGUGCAGAAUUGAAGAUUUGUUGAAAGAUCACGUGAAUUAUAAUCGUCACAUCCGUACUAUCGUAAUAAGGCAUCGUCAGUUAAUAACAUUAGCAGAGAUCUUGGAAAGUAAUUACAAUAUGAUAUUUCUUCAACAAACUUUGGGGACCGUUUUCUUGCUCUGUUUAACUACGUAUCACAUGCUCGCGAAUUCGGAACAUGGCGAUAAUACCAACAUGGUGAGUUUCUUGUUUUACACUUGCUGCGUAGUCAGCACAAUCCUCGCAUACUGCUAUAUAGGAGAAUGCCUCAUUACUGAGAGCGUCAAAUUGCGCGACACUUUUUACAACACUGAUUGGUACAAUAAUCCACCAUCGUGCGCAAAAAUGCUUAGCUUUUGUAUGACUCGAUCCGAGAAACCGUUGGUGUUGACUGCCGGUAAAUUCUGCAUGUUAUCUUUGAAUACAUUCACGAGUAUAGUGAAAACUUCGAUGGCGUACUUGUCUAUGUUGCGUCAAUUUAUGUGAGUAACCUUCGCCCUGAAAUACCUUGCAUCUACUUCUCGUUUCGAUGAUGUACAGAGAAUACGUCGAAAUAUAUAUUUAUGGGACAAAUGUAUAAACAAUGAAAUUAUUAAUUAUACUAAUAAUUGAUGAAUUUAAUGUUAAAUAAAAGUCUUAUACUGAUAAUAAUCUUCGAGACAUGUCUGUGUAUUCGACUGCAAUG